AUGGCAGGAGAGAUUACGGUGCGACAGCUCUGUGGGAAAGCUGACCCGUUUGAAGUGGUGACGGGCAUGACCGUUCGCGAGUUGAAAAGGAAGCUGCACGGGUGGCUGCCCUGCGAAGAUGAGUCCAAACGCAUAAAAAGUUCUGUGGGGAUUCUUGUUGGAGACAGGCCCCUAUUGAACAACGAGAAGCUUGUAUCAGAGGCCAUUCCAGGUACAGAGGUUGUGGCGUUCCUCAGCAUCCAGCCGGUAAUGUGCUCAAGCUUCCAAGAAUCCGGCUGCAAGCUUGAAGAUUUGUGCGUAGUCGAAAUUCCAGCAGGAGAGCAAAUUGAACCAUACGCAUUCCAUGGUUGCAGCUCGUUGGCAAGCGUGACCAUUCCCAGCUCUGUGACUGAGAUUGAACAUCAUUCAUUCUGUGGUUGCAGCUCAUUGGCAAAUGUCGCCAUCCCCAACUCUGUGACGCACAUUGACCAUUGUGCUUUCAAAGGCUGCAGCUCAUUGGCAAGCGUCACUAUCCCCGACUCCGUCACUCAGAUUCGCGCAUAUGCCUUCCAAGGUUGCAUCUCAUUGGCAAGCAUUACCAUUCCCAACUCCGUCAGUUUUAUUGGAGCAUGGGCGUUUGAAGGUUGCAGCUCAUUGGCAAGCGUCACUAUCCCCGACGCCGUCACUCAGAUUGGCCCAUAUACCUUCCGAGGUUGCAGCUCAUUGGCAAGCAUUACCAUUCCCAACUCCGUGAUUUGUAUUGGAGCAUGUGCUUUGGAAGGUUGCAGCUCAUUGGCAAGCAUGACCCUUCCCAGCUCCGUGCACGAGAUUGUUGAUUCUGCAUUCAAAGGUUGCAGCUCAUUGGCAAAUGUCACCAUCCCCAACUCUGUGACGCACAUUGACCAUUGUGCUUUCAAAGGCUGCAUCUCAUUGGCAAGCGUCACUAUCCCCGACUCCGUCACUCAGAUUCGCGCAUAUGCCUUCCAGGGUUGCAUCUCAUUGGCAAGCAUUACCAUUCCCAACUCCGUCAUUUUUAUUGGAGCAUGGGCGUUUGAAGGUUGCGGCUCAUUGGCAAGCGUCACUAUCCCCGACGCCGUCACUCAGAUUGGCCCAUAUACCUUCCGAGGUUGCAGCUCAUUGGCAAGCAUUACCAUUCCCAACUCCGUGAUUUGUAUUGGAGCAUGUGCUUUGGAAGGUUGCAGCUCAUUGGCAAGCGUGACCCUUCCCAGCUCCGUGCACGAAAUUGUUGAUUCUGCAUUCAAAGGUUGCAGCUCAUUGGCAAGCGUCACCAUUCCCAACUCCGUCAUGUUUAUUGGAGCAUGUGCUUUUGAAGGUUGCAGCUCAUUGGCAAUUGUCACUAUCCCCGACUCCGUCACUCAGAUUUGCGCACAUGCCUUCCGAGGUUGCAGCUCAUUGGCAAGCAUUACCAUUCCCAACUCCGUGAUUUGUAUUGGAGCAUUUGCUUUGGAAGGUUGCAGCUCAUUGGCAAGCAUUACCAUUCCCAACUCCGUGAUUUGUAUUGGAGCAUGUGCUUUGGAAGGUUGCAGCUCAUUGGCAAGCGUGACCCUUCCCAGCUCCGUGCACGAGAUCGGAGAUUCUGCAUUCAAAGGUUGCAGCGCAUUGACAAGCGCCACCAUCCCCAACUCCGUUACUCAGAUUCGCACAUAUGCCUUCCAAGGUUGCAGCUCAUUGGCAAGCGUCAGCAUUCCCAACUCCGUCAUUUUUAUUGGAGCAUGUGCGUUUGAAGGUUGCAGCUCAUUGGCAAGCGUCACUAUCCCCGACGCCGUCACUCAGAUUUGCGCAUAUGCCUUCCGAGGUUGCAGCUUAUUGGCAAGCAUUACCAUUCCCAACUCCGUGAUUUGUAUUGGAGCAUGUGCUUUGGAAGGUUGCAGCUCAUUGGCAAGCGUGACCCUUCCCAGCUCCGUGAACGAGAUUGGAGAUUCUGCAUUCAAAGGCUGCAGCUCAUUGGCAAGCGUGACCCUUCCCAGCUCGGUGAACGAGAUUGAAGAUUCUGCAUUCAAAGGUUGCAGCUCGUUGGCAAGCGUCACUAUCCCCGACUCCGUCACUCAGAUUCGCGCAUAUGCCUUCCAAGGUUGCAGCUCAUUGGCAAGCGUUACCAUCCCCGACUCGGUGACCGUGAUUGCUGAUGGGGCUUUCCAAGACUGCAGCUUGUUGACAAGCGUGACCAUUCCCAACUCGGUGGCAAUUGGACGAUCUGCCUUCCUAGGUUGCAGCUUGUUACGAUCGAGUGCGAGUUGGAGUUUGUAA